AUGCUCGCCCGAACCCUCACCGGCCGCCUCCUCCGGCCCCGCUUCGCGCCGUCGCUCGCUGCCCUCCGCGGCUACUCGUCCCGCGCGUCGGCGCCGGUCGCCGCCACGGACAUCGCCAUCGACGAGGACACGCCGCGGCCCGCGUCCCCCGUCGGGGUCGGCGCCGCCGCCAUCGCCGCCACGCUGCCCACCGUCCUGCAGCCGCGCGUGCUCAUCUACGACGGCGUCUGCCACCUCUGCCACCGCGGGGUGAAAUGGGUGUUCAAGGCAGACAAGCACGCCAAGAUCAGGUUCUGCUGCCUGCAGUCCAAGGCCGCGGAGCCGUACCUGAGGCUGGUCGGCAUGGACCGGGAGGACGUGCUGCGCCGCGUGCUCUUCAUCGAGGGGCCUGAGGCCUACUACGAAGGCUCCACAGCUGCGCUGAAAGUUGCAUCAUACCUGCCUCUUCCCUACUCGGUGUUGAGCUCCUUGCUGAUCAUCCCCGUACCACUACGUGAUGCAGCCUAUGACUACAUUGCAAAGAAUCGGUACGAUUGGUUUGGCAAAGGCGAUGAAUGCCUAGUCACCAAGGACCAGGAGCUUCUCGAGCGUUUCAUUGACAGGGAGGAAAUGCUUGGUGGUGGUCCCAGCAAUAGCUCUUAUUGAUCACAGCUUUUGCUGUCAAUGUUUGCUUCUCAGUUCGUGCGGUAGGCGUAGGCAAAGAAAACAAUGUAAGUAAUCUUC